UUUAGGAAGAGCCAAUGAUCUAGUUCUUUGCUGGCUCCGCCCACCAUACCACUAAGAGGAAGGCUAGGCAGGCAGCAUAGCUUUAGUUGCUCAGAAGAGCCAGGAGAAGCACGGCACAUUGCAGCGGCAGCAGUAAAGCACCCCCAGGAUCAUUAGACAGUCUGACUCUUGGCUCGUUUCUGUUCCCAGCCAUUCUAACACCAUGGUGCGCUACCCAGUACAGGAGGAAGGAUCUAUUAUCAAUAAGAUGACGCAAACCAAGGAGACGGUCAGUGGAUCUCCGGAUCUCAAAGGCUCCUUCCACCCACAGCCCCCCAAACCUAAGAAGGUCAAAAAUGAUCAGACAGAGGAGAAAAACGACACUUCCUACAGGAUCCAAUCUGAUUCUCCUAUUCGGGCAUUAUGGCGUCGGAGAAGGAAUCCAGUGGCAACUAAGGCGAAAAAAAGGGCAAACGGUGCUCCCAGAUUCCUGAGAGGUACCAGACAAGGUAUUAAUGGUCUAUUUACCAUCUGCAUCUUUAUGGCUACUAUUGGUGGUACAAUUGGAGAUUCUAUAGGGGAAUCUCCUACCGUAUGUUCCGCUCAGGUCCCCAUCCCAAAGCCACCACUGGUGAUUAGAAGGGACACCACUGGGAACCCCUCGGAGUCCCAUGUAGCCAACCAAUCAGUAACCUGCCCUGAAUCAGUGCCCUUCUUCCAAAGCUUCACAAUCUGCUAUUUAAACAAGACCUGGGUGGAUAUCAGCAGCCCUAUUGGAGAUAAUGGGACCUGCCCAGCGCUCUAUGUGGAAUAUACUGAGAAAGAACAAAGGAGAAACCCACCGAUGCAUGUCCAGCUGAUGCCUGUGAGGAGAAAACAGAAUGAAUCCAUUGAAAGCCUCUCACAGAACAGCACCAUUGAAACCUCAGCUUCAAAAAGACCGACUGAGCCAACAAAGAGACAUCGCUACAUCCUUAUUGCCUUUGUGGCUUGUGGUACAGCAGCUGCUUUUGUCCUUGGAGGUUUCUUUGUUGUCCUGUGUAUCUCCAGGAGCUGUAACAAGAGGAAACCAAAGACUAGAGAUUAUGAUCCGGCCCAGACAUUGGAUACUCAGAUUCCGAUGAACAACCUUUCCAAUGAAGACGGACCAGGAAGUAACGGACAUAUUCCAGGAAGUUCCAAUGGGGCUGUACAUGGCGGGACCGUGGAGGCCGACGCUGAGCCCCAGGGAACUGCUCUCCAGCAAUAAUCUACUUGUGCAAAGUUUUCCAAAAAUGUGCAGUACUGCCUACAUACAUACAUUUUAAAAAGGGACAUUAAUUUUACUUACAGAC